GCCGCGUUGCGGUGGCGCACUGGCGCCAGAGCCCCCAGAGUGCCCAGACUCCACUGAGUCCAGUGAUAGUCCCGUAAACUCAACCAGGAGCUGGGCACGAACCAGGUUGGCUGGCUGCCUGCUUGGAGAGGCACAGCCUGAGCCAACAUCGGAAAGGUUGCCUAGUCGCCUCCUCACGGCUCACGCACAUUCAUGCUUCCUUCUCAUGUUCCAUCUCCUCCUCCUCUUUUCCAACAAUCAUUGUCUCCUUGAGAACAAAGCCGCUGAAGAUGGGCAAAUUCGACACUCCGCCUGGGGCUGACCCUAACGCCUCGUCCUCGAUAUCGUUGCAUUCCCAACCAGGCAUCAUCCCACCGCAGCCACGCUACUUCGACGACGACCCCUCCGAAAUCCAGAAUGAUGACUUGCCCCCUCUCUACAGCGACCACGAGAACGACGCCGUCGCCACUGAGGAUCCUCUCCUGCCCGCUGGCACGCAGCCGUUGCAAGUACAGCCGUUUAAAGUCAACAAUGGCGUCGAGUACUACAUCGACCGCCGCCUCGACGUCGAUCCCGUGUUUCUAAAGGACCACAUCGAUCGACUCGCCAUCAUCCCUCCCAGACCACACGUGCACAUUCGAGGCACUCACAACUCUUCUGUGCGCAAGGCAGAUGGCAAGACGGAGAGGCGUGAGAUUGUCGAUUUCGACAUUCACAUCGAGCUCACCCACCUGCUGUACGAGGAUAUCCAUUCGAGGACGCCAUUCUCGCACGAGAUCGUCACGGCAGGCAACUUUGAAAAGGUACGUCGAGGUACCGUUUGCACAACGCGAGCCCCUGGGUUUGGUGGCUCCGGUGGCGCGGCUGAGGAGGGAACACCCGACGUCGCAGAGUGGUGCCGCCGGUACUGCACAGCCAAGAAUGGCCUGAAGAGCUUCGGUCUCGAACGUACCGUGUCCGGCUGGGACUUUGACGCGCUGCAGACCAAGCUGGAGGGCCUCGUGCGGAGCACCAACUACCGCGGCAAGCUGGAGAUCAGCUUCCCCGUCCAGAACGGCAAGGUCGAGAUUUACAACGAGUGUCGCACCAACCGCUGGCGCUUGACAAAGUGGAUCGAGAUGAUCUUUGUCCUGACGCUCAUGUUCAUCUUCUCUUGGCCAUGGCUGUACUUCCGCACCGCCAAGUGGGAGGUCGUCACCGCACAGUGGCGCUUCAGCGUGACGGAUGCGCAGGGUCGAAGGCGAUACGCCACCGUGAGUGAGGACCGGUGGUACAACAUGUGGGCGCGGCCCAUCUCGAGGGCUGUCCUGGGCCGCAGGCAGGGGACGUUGGAUCAAGGAGACUUGAACCGGGAAGAUGCCCCCCGCGAAGAGGGCUUCGCCGGCGUGGUGCAGGCUGGAGUGGACGCCAUGGGCGUUGUGAAUAGAUCCUUCGGAUGGGGUGGCAAUGAUUCAUAGCCUUUUGUACCGUUCUGAUUGCGAGUCUUCCUGUCGAUCCUUAUCUGCGUCGAGAAUUAUAAAUCAUCAAUUUCGUUCCCUGCACUCUGCCGCUGGACGCACUUCUCUGAACAUGAUUGCAAUGGGAGACACAUGUACGUCGUCGUAUCGAAUACACAUCAAGUGAGCACCGUCCAGGCAUACUCUCGGCCGAGAUGCUAUCAUUCGUCAUGCGUCAUCAGUCGCUAACGUUAGGGCUGACUGAUGCGUAGAUCUAC